CCCUAGUCGAGUGCGAAACGUCAGCUGGCUAUGUUGUUGUCGAGUGCUGGUCACUCGAUUACUUCAUUAUCAGCUUGAUUGAUAUUCGGCGAUCGGCCACCCGCACCCACAGUUUGGCUCCGUCCUCGGCAGUGCGCGGUUCGACUCCUGCAACACAACUCUCGAUCCGCCCCGUCCAGUUGGAGCAAAUUAAACCAAAAACAGUUGGAAGGAAGCAACGCGCACCAACAAUGAAUCUGUCGUUCGCUGGCUGCGGCUUCCUCGGCAUCUACCACGUCGGGGUUGCAGCCUGUUUGAAGAAAUAUGCACCCCACCUGCUGCUCAACAAAAUCUCCGGCGCCUCUGCUGGCGCCAUCGCCGGUUGCUGCCUCCUCUGCGACGUGCCCCUUGGCGAAAUCACAAGUGACGUUUUGAGGGUCGUGUCUGAGGCCAGAGGUAAAACUUUGGGCCCCUUUAGCCCAUCGUUCAACGUGCAGAACAUUCUCCUCGAAGGGCUAGCAAAGGUUCUGCCUGACGAUUGCCACGAAAGAGUCAGCGGCAAGCUGCACAUUUCACUGACCAGAGUUUAUGACGGCAAAAACGUGAUCGUCUCCGAGUUCAACAGCAAGGAGGACCUUCUCCAGGCGAUUUUUGCCAGUUCCUUUAUCCCCCUCUUUUCGGGGUUUCUGCCACCCCGGCUGCACGGUGUGCGCUACAUGGACGGGGGACUGAGCAACAAUUUGCCCACGCUGGACGAGCACACCAUCACCGUCAGCCCGUUCUGCGGAGAAAGCGACAUUUGCCCCCGAGACCCCUCCUACCAGUUGCUACACGUCAACCUGGCCAACACAAGCAUUGAGCUGUCAAGGCAGAACAUCUACAGGUUCGCCCGCAUUCUCUUCCCUCCUAACCCCGAGAUUUUGUCCGACAUGUGCAAGCAGGGCUUCGACGACGCUCUUCGCUUUUUGCACAGGAACAAUCUUAUCAACUGCACGCGUUGUCUAGCUGUCCAAUCGACUUUUACUGUCUCCGAGGCGUUGGACGAGUCAUGCUUUGAUUACGAUCCGCAGUGCAGAGAGUGUAAAAUUCAGAGACAGGAAUCUAUGGUGGCAGAUCUUCCGGAGACUGUGAUGACAAUCUUCCAAGAAGCAAUUGAUACUGCCAACAAGGGGCUGGUCAACUGGAUCUUCAAACACAGAGGCAUGAAACUGCUCUCUGUGCUGAGCCUUCCUUGUGUCCUUCCUGCAGACAUUGUCUACGCCACGUUUACAAACCCUUUCGCAAAUUCCAAUCAUGGGUGGAUAAUGAGCUUUUGCGCAGCUAACAAUUUGGGGGAUAGAUUCACUAAAGUUAGCUGCUGGGGAGACCCUGAGGUCUUUGGACGGGGUCACUGCCACAAACACAAGAGGAGGAGGUUCCUGAGUAGCGCUCCCCACAUUGGAAGCAACCUGAGACAACUAAGUCAAUAUUUAAUGGAGAAUUUGGCGACACUCAUUAGCAGUGUGAACAACAAGAGAGAACAGCUGACAGCCAAAAUCUCUUGCAACCUUGCCAUCACUGAAUACAGAGGGACCAAAUAUGACAUUGAAUCGAGUGCCGAUGUUCCUGCACCAGUUCAAAACCAAAUGAACUUCAACUUUACUCUCAAUCUGGAGGAGCAAGAGCUCCCCGUUGACCAACCCUCGGCUCUCAAGUUCCAAAACAAGAUGCUCGGCCAAGCGUCGCGCCGCUCAUCCAGCAUUAGCAUCAUCAACAACCAAUGUGAAACCAACGCAAUUGCUGAGGACACUUUCGACCACAUUUUACAAGUGACUGCCCACAACGAUGCUCUGAUGGCCUUUUACUACCUCGACGAAAACAACAAAGUCAAAGUCACCGAAAUCUUUGACGUCACUGAUGCUGACACAGCCGGUUUGCUGGACCCUGAUGAGAGGAACACCAACCUGAACCUCGAGUAUGACGACAGGGACUGGCUCAACAGCACCUCAUGGGAUGAGCAAUGCGAAGACGACCGGCUCAGUAUUGCAGGCUCUGAGGAUUCGUUGCUCAACUCAAUUCUGGAAGACAACACAAACAUCUUCUCCGACCCAGAGAGCGAGUGGCAGCAAAACUCUCCAAGCGGACAGGGCGAGAAAUGUCCGGACUCUCGGCCAGAGUCGGACCAGCUCUCUGUCGCAUCUCCUUGAUGUGCAUCAAGUGGAACCAUAAUUUAUUUUGUAAAUAAUGGAAACUUGUUGCCAAGUCAACUAGAAAAAAGAUAGGUUUAAUGCAAAGUUCCUAUAAUGGAGUAUUUUUACUGCUGAGCUGUGUUGAAGACAAUCAUGUUGCCUUUUACCAAAAUGACACUAUUUUCGUGGACCUUGUGGUCUGAUGGAUAUUAUAACUUAAGGAUAGUCAACCAAUCUUUCACGCUGCCAAGAUUAUAAAAAAAGGUGUGACUGCUUGAAAAACCAAAAAAAUAUAAUGUUAAGUCUGUCACCUUGCAAGUUUGAAAAUCUCCGUAGAGAACAAAAGCACAAAUCUUGCAUUCGUGAUGCAAAUAUAUUCUGUGGAAAUAUUUACUAGAGUUGAAUGCAAGCUCAAAUGUACUUUGAAAUUGAUCGGAAAUGCUGAAAGUUUAAAAGCAUAGAAAUAGCAGUAAUUUUAUUGUUAAGCAAAGAGCGUGUUGAUUGUCGAAGAUGAAGAUCUCAAUGGCUAUUUGUCGCGUAAAUGGCAUUUUACCAAGGCUACUUUAGCAUCUGGCAUCAACGGAUGAUAUGUAAAUCUAUUUAUAAUCCAUCUAGGAAUUCAAACACUUGUGAAGCAAAAGAGUGAACGACAGAGAAAAUGAUCAAAUUAUCAGAGGCUGUAAUACUUUGUAUCACUUUUUAUUCUAUAUUUCUGUGAGGUAUACUUAAAAGUAAGGUGCUUAAAUUAAAGAACUUUUGUACGCAAAAUUUAAUAAAAAUGAAAUAUUAAUAAAUCAAAAAUUAUUCUGCC